AUGGCCAGCAACAAGCAUCGCGGCAAGGCCGCUCCUGAUCGUCUGGGCGGCAACUUUGUUGUGGUUGAUGUUCACCACGAGGAAGAUGAUCCCGAAUACUCCCAAUAUGCUCAGGAUCGCGCCCUCAACAAUCUGCGCCAGCCUUAUCCGCAGACCUCCGACGCUCUGCCCUACAAGAACGACGACCUUGCAAAGCGUGCCAAGGCUCUUCUUCAGAAAUCCCCACUCGCAUACGACUACCUCUUCAAGCUUCUCCUGAUCGGAGACUCCGGUGUCGGAAAGUCUUGUCUGCUGCUCCGUUUCGCCGACGACACAUACACCGAGUCUUACAUCUCCACGAUUGGUGUUGACUUCAAAAUCCGCACCAUCGAGCUCGACGGCAAGACUGUCAAGCUCCAGAUCUGGGACACCGCCGGCCAGGAGCGUUUCCGCACCAUUACUUCCUCUUACUACCGUGGUGCCCACGGUAUCUGCGUUGUCUACGAUGUGACCGACAUGGACUCUUUCAACAACGUCAAGCAGUGGCUUCAGGAGAUUGACCGCUACGCCACCGAGGGCGUCAACAAGCUCCUUGUUGGUAACAAGAGCGAUAUGUCCGACAAGAAGGUUGUCGAGUACACUGUGGCAAAGGAGUUUGCCGACAGCCUUGGCAUCCCCUUCCUGGAGACCUCGGCCAAGAACGCCUCCAACGUCGAGCAGGCUUUCUUGACCAUGGCCCGCCAGAUCAAGGAGCGCAUGGGAUCGCAGGCUACGACAAACACCAAGCCUGGUGUCCAAGUUGGUCCUGGUCACAGCGUUUCUUCCUCAUCCAGCGGUGGUUGCUGCUAA